UUCUGUCACCGGAAUCAAAAUUUGGUUUGACGACCAGAAUCCUUUAUUUUUUAUUUUAUAAAAAUACGGUGACCCGCUGAGACGCUCUCAGGACUUGCUUCUCCUCGGUUUCUUACUUCUGUUAUUGAAAAAUGGCGCCUACACAAUCUACUACCAACAAGGGUGCCAAUUUUAAUUGUGCAUCAGGGCUGGUGAAGAUUUCCCCCGCUGUUUCUCAAGCUUUGUCACAAGGGAAAGCAGUUGUUGCUCUAGAGUCCACCAUAAUAUCUCAUGGAAUGCCUUAUCCUCAAAAUUUAAAGACAGCGAAAGAGGUGGAGGCUAUUGUAAGGGAAAAUGGAGCUGAACCAGCUACGAUUGCAAUUUUAGAUGGCAUGCCAUGUGUAGGCCUGACUUCAGAGGAGUUGGAGAGGCUGGCUACUCUGGGUACCAAAUGUCAAAAGACAGCUCGCAGGGACAUUGCUCAUGUUGUAGCUACUAAAGGGAAUGGUGCAACAACUGUUUCUGCAACUAUGAUCUUUGCUUCUAUGGUUGGCAUUCCUGUGUUUGUUACUGGAGGUAUUGGAGGAGUACACAGAUAUGGAGAAAAUACCAUGGAUAUAUCUUCUGAUCUUACAGAGCUUGGAAGAACUCCUGUAGCUGUAAUAUCUGCUGGCGUAAAAUCAAUAUUAGAUAUUCCUAGAACACUCGAGUAUCUGGAAACUCAAGGAGUUUGCGUUACUGCUUAUAAGACUGAUGAGUUCCCCGCUUUUUUUUCUGGACAAAGUAGCUGCAAGGCACCUUGCAGAGUAAAUUCACCUGAAGACUGUGCACGGCUUAUUGAUGCAAACUUGAAUCUUCAGCUUGGUGCCGGUAUAUUGAUAGCUGUUCCAAUCCCUGAGAAACACUCUGCUGUAGGAAGCGUAAUUGAAUCUGCAAUACAAAGAUCCCUUAAAGAAGCUAGGGAUAAAAACAUAACAGGCAAUGCUCAGACUCCUUUCUUGCUUGCAAGAGUGAAUGAACUGACUGGAGGGGCCUCUUUGGCUUCAAACAUUGCACUUGUGAAAAAUAAUGCACUUGUGGGAGCUCAAAUAGCCACCUGUCUUGCUCAGCUUCGACAACCUAAAGUAACUUGUUCGAAGUUGUAGGCCAAGGCCUUCAUGUCCUUGCUGGAUUGAAAGCUUAUCUGUUGAUUUUUUCACUUGAAAUCUUUAUAGUGUGAGAGUGAUGCAGAAACAAUCAUACAAGUGUACGACACAACCCUGUGGGACUUCUAGGUGAGAGGGUUUUUGUAUCAUAAUUAAAAGGACAGGUCUCCAACUUGACUUUAUCCUCCUGUUAUAGUUCAUACAGUUACUUUGAAAUUUGAAUGUUCAUUGUUCACAAUGGUUACUCUUAUGUGAUUGAGCGAGGAACCUAAUAAUGAAUUUCAGUUCUAUUGACAUAAUCCACAUGUUUCUGUGUGUUUGUUUCA